CUGCAGUCUCACUCGCCUCCCCCUUCUGUCUCUUUUCCUGCUCUAUUUCCUACCUCUUGUCUCUGUCUCUCUCUCGUUCUCUUUGCAUCUUGUCCACUCCCCUUCUGCUUCCAUUCAGAUUAUUUACCCAUCUCCUCCGUACUCCCUCUGCUGUGUCUUUCUCCUCCCUCUCUUCUUCAUCUUCCUUGUCGCUGCUGCUCUAGCCGCCUCACCCUACAUCCCUCCCUUCCUACCAACGCUCCCGCCCUCCUCCUCCUCUUAGGGAUCUUCAAAGCUGCCGAGCACACACUUGCACAUAGCAUAACACACUCCUCUCCUGCUUGGGAAAAACAUGUCAGCUAUUCUGGACCUGGACCAGAUUGCAUGCUCUGGGAAUGGAGUGGAGCAUGAUAUUGAGACUCCCCAUGGCGUUCUCCAUGUGACAAUGAGAGGUGUUCCCAAGGGCAACAGACCCGUCAUCCUCACCUAUCAUGACAUUGGACUCAACCACAAGUCGUGCUUCAACACCCUGUUCAACUAUGAGGACAUGCAGGAGAUCACGCAGCACUUUGCAGUGGUUCACGUUGAUGCGCCUGGCCAGCAGGAAGGUGCACCUCCCUUCCCCACUGGUUAUCGCUACCCAACCAUGGAUGAGUUGGCCGAAAUGUUGCCCUCUGUGAUGACUCAGCUCAAGGUCAACAGUGUGAUCGGCAUUGGCGUGGGAGCUGGAGCGUACAUCCUCACCCGCUUUGCACUGAACAACCCCACUCUGGUGGAGGGGCUGGUUCUGAUCAAUGUGGACCCAUGUGCUGAAGGCUGGAUUGACUGGGCGGCUUCAAAGCUGUCUGGAUGGACCAGUAAUUUGGUGGAUAUCAUCAUGGCUCACCACUUCAGCACUGAUGAACUGACAGAGAACCAGGAGCUGAUCCAGACCUACCGACUCCACAUUGCCCAAGACAUCAACCAGGACAACCUGGCCCUCUUUUGUGGCUCCUAUCAAUACCGUCGGGACCUGGAGAUUGAGAGGCCAAUCGUAGGUCUGAAUGAGGACACCGUUAACACACUAACGUGCCCUGCGUUGCUGGUGGUUGGUGACACAUCACCUGCGGUGGAGGCUGUGGUGGAGUGCAAUUCCAGGUUAAAUCCAACCAAGACCACACUGCUAAAGAUGGCUGAUUGUGGAGGCUUGCCCCAAGUUGUGCAGCCAGGGAAACUUGCUGAGGCCUUCAAGUACUUUGUGCAGGGAAUGGGCUACAUUCCCUACGUUCUUCUCAGUCACCUCAGCAACGAAUCAGUGCCGUCAUCAGGAAUGACUCGUCUGGCCCGCUCACGCACCACCUCCUCUUCCAGCAUCACGUCCAUGGACAGCAGUCGCAGCCGCAACAACCUCAACAGCUUGCUGGAGGGCAGCGCUAUGGGGGCCUUGGACAACCAGGCCAGACCCCAGACCAUGGAAGUCUCCUGCUAAACCACACCCAACCCCCUGCACACACUCAUAGUAACUUAUGUGCCCUCUCCCCCUCUCUUUCUCUCUCUCCCUCUGUCUAUCUCUCUCUUAUCCUUCUCCUAAGCAACUCAAUGCCAGGAUAUUCUGUAAUAAACUAUUGUGAUUAGAAAAGAGGAUGUAAGAAAUAUAUUACCAGAUACAUAUUAUUAAAUAUUGAAUAUUAAAUACACCAUCAAAGUCACAUUCCUAGCAGAAACCAUAACUACAUUCAGAUGUGUUGUGUGUUCAAAUGGUCAACCACAUGAUUGACUCAACUGUCCAACACCAACCCCUUGUAUUUAUUUUUUUCACAUUGUCUUAGUUUUUGUUGUCUUUACAAACACUUUAAAAAUCCUCCAUGUGUUUAAAAUAACUGGUAGACUUUUAUCAUUGCACAGACCAACACUUUUACUAUUUUAACUGGUCUCUGCUGUUGUGAACUCUAAACUUGUAGGAUGCAUUGAUUUUGAGUCACUGUAUCUCUGUCUAACCCAAACUUACUGCAAUGUGAGGCCGGAAAAAGUCUACAGUCUAAGUAUACAGAGGAAUCACUAAACCUACUGUAGCUGCAGAAAUAAAGGUAAAGUGAUACACGUAAGAACCAUUGCAGACUGUAGCACAUUGUCAGUAAAGUCCUGUACCAGUGUGUCACAUUACAUGCAUUCAUUUUUUUGUAUUCUUUUUGUGACUGAUCUCGUCUCUUUUUCUCUCUGCUUUGUGUUAAUGUUUUUGUUCCGUUGAAUAGAUGUUUUAACAACCUUUUAUCAAGUGGGUUCUGAUGUGAAAAGUACAAGUCCCUUUGAUGAGAGGCCCAGUGGUACUUCUCACAGUCUGCCGAUUCAACUCAUUUAUAUUACUACUGAAUAAAGCUACAACACGACAA